GAAAAGCAGAGCAACGUUAUUUGGCUCCACUCCUCUGUAACGCCCCACUUAGGCGUUCCUCUACAGGAUUCCCGGUAAAAUUUACAGUUUUUCCCCCUGCAAAUGCUAGCAAUUCCAUGUCUGAGAAUUUCUCCUUUCCAAAUCAACAACUUCUUACUCCACUCACCAGUUUCCCUUCCGAUUCCAUGCAAACAGACAGAGAGAAGAGAAACACCAGAGAUAAAUCAAAAGAAUUUCUUCAAGAUCAAAUCUUGCCAAUGCGGAGGCUCAAAAUCCCAAAUUCAGAUUUCAAAGUUUCCACCUUCCACAUGCCCGGAAGCGGAUUCUCGUUAUUGUUCCUUGGGUCAAUUGUUAGAACCUGCAACAAUUGCCUACCUACUGAAAUCUUGUUCAAGUCUCAAGGGAGUGCAAGUCGUGCACUCUCUUUCCACGAAGUAUUUUGGUACCUCAAUUACCUUUGUCAAUAACAAUUUGAUUAAUGCAUAUGCCAGAUUCUUCAACCUAGUAGACGCCCGUAAGCUGUUUGAUCAAAUGCCUGAAAGGAGUGUUGUUUCCUGGACUAUAAUCCUCAAUGGGUACUUAAAUGCCGGCUUUGAAGAUGAAGCUUUUAUGCUGUUUGAGAAAUUGAUCAAAAGCAAUGUUUCAGCUAAUAGCUUGACAUUUGUGUGCUUAUUGAAGUUGUGUACCAAAAUGUCUGAUUUUGAGCUAGGCAGGCAGAUCCACGCUUGUGUGUUCAAGGGAAACUGGAGGAAUCUGAUAGUUGAUAGCGCUCUCUUAUUCUUCUAUGCAAAAUGUGGCCAUCUUUCUCACGCGUCGAUGUUGUUUGAUCAAAUGUUGGUUUGGGAUGUUAUUUGCUGGACUACAAUGGUUUCAGCUUACUCACAGCAUGGUCGCGAAGACGAAGCCCUUUCACUGUUUUCCCAGAUGCAAAGUCAAGGUUUUCGCCCCAAUGAGUUCACCAUUUGCAGUAUUCUGAAAGCUUGCGGAGAAUUAAAGGCUUUGAGCUUUGGAAAGCAGCUUCAUGGCGCCAUAGUUAAGGGUAUCUUCACCAAAGAUGUGUUCAUUGAAAGCUCUUUGGUGGGAAUGUAUGUGAAAUGCAAGGAGAUUUCUGAUGCUCGGUCGGUCUUCAAUGUAAUGCAAAAGAGAAACACAAUUACUUGGACAACCAUGAUUUCUGGGUAUGCUCAAAAUGGUUUUGGUGUGGAGGCCAUUAAUCUAUUCAAACGGAUGAAGAAAAGAAGUAUUUUUGUAAACCAACUUACUAUUGUUAGCCUUAUUAAAGCCUGCACUUCCAUUUCAUCCCCCUUCUUAGGAAAAGAAGUCCAUGGAUGGAUGGUUAAGAGCUUUUCUCAGAGCAAUACUCACAUUGGGAGCACCCUGAUCUCAUUCUAUUGCAAGUGUGGGCUUUAUGAUUAUGCUGUUAGGGUUCUUCAAACGAUGCCCAGAAGAGACUGCAUCUCCUGGACUGCAACGAUUUCAGGUUCUGCAAGCCAUGGCCAUGGCUUUGAAGCACUCAGGUUCUUAAAUAACAUGCUUGCAGAAGGGCUGGAACCAAGCCCAUUCACUUAUUCUUCAGCUUUAAAGGCUUGUACAAAGCUUGAAUCUGUGAAUUAUGGCAAGUGGCUUCAUGCUUCUGCUAACAAGACGAUGACUCUACCAAAUGUGUUUGUGGGAAGUGCUCUCAUUGGUAUGUAUAUGAGAUGUGGAUAUAUUACUGAUGCCUUCAGAGUUUUCGAUACAAUGCCCGAGAGAAAUAUGGUUUCAUGGAAGGUGAUGGUGUUGGGGUAUGCGAAGAAUGGCCGGUGUGAGGAGGCUAUGAAGCUCAUGUAUCGAAUGCAAGCAGAAGGAUUUCAUGUUGAUGAUUUUAUCCUUACCACAGUUCUCAGUUCAUGUGGGGAUUUUGUUGUGAAGUUGGAUUGCUCUCCAAGUUCUUUCAGUCUUGCAGUUUGAGUCUUCUGGAAAAAAUUAGUCUGUGCGGAUAACAGACAUAACUAAAGUUCGGAGCCCAAUGAAAAUACGCCACAUCACUUGAUAUCGAGCGGUACCGAGCUGCUGUACCGAGUAGUACUAUCACUCGGUACUCGAUACGGAGUGACGUGGCAUAUUUUCAUUAGGCUCUGGACGAUGUUCCGCAUCCGCACAGAAUAAUUACUCCAGGAGUGAGCAUCCUGAAUGAAUUGGCAAUUGAAUCUACUUUUGAAAAGGAAAGCUACAGUCCAGUAGAACAGCAAUCUUGACUUUGUAUCUCGAUGGAUUGAUCUAGCUACAAGUAUAUAAUUCUUCUAGGCUAUAUGUGUAAUCUUGCAUCACUUGUAAUUAAUAAGUGUUUGACAAAUUGUUUUUGCGACUUUUGCUUGAUAAUUUUAUAGAAAGAUAGUGCUGACAACUUAAA